ACAAGUCAUUUUAUCCUCUGACGUUGACUCGUUCACAUUAAUUUAACAAAUUGUUUUCAUAAAAAAAAAAGGGUCUAUAUAUUUUUACUCUAUAUAUUUUUUAUUAAAUAAAUUCAACAGUCAUGCUGAUAUACCAGUUUACACACCCACUUCUGCAUCUUGUUAGCUGAAGCAAGCUAAAGCUCGUUUAUUAUUAAAUUAAACAAAAGAAAAAAAAAAAAAAAAACAUAUAUACAUCGACAGUUACUUUAAUAAUAACAAUAAUCAGUUGAAAAAAAAAGGAAAGAAAGAGUUAAGUUACACACCAUGUUGAUGUGUAUGUGGUUUUUUAUUUAACAAAAAAAAAAUUAAAAAAAAAACUUGUUGAAUGAACAUAAAAAAAGUGUGGUGUUCACCUUGUAGCCUUGGUUUUUCACUCUCGAGACAAAGAAAUAUUUAUCAUUGAUAUUAUUAUUAUUAUUAUUUAAAUAUAUAGUAAUGAAAAUACCGUCAUUGUGAGCAAUUAUUUUUGUGUAUUUCUUUGAGGUUUAUAAUUUUAUUUUUCAUCAUUUUAUCAGUGGCGUUGUAUGGUACCGUACCAUUUUUCUGUCUCUACUUUAAUGCUUGUGAUAAUGAUGAAUAAUAUUUUUAAUAAUGUUUUAGUUAUCCUUGUGUGAUGCAAGCUUGUCAGAUAAAUAUUGUGUUGAAAUAAAUAAAUUAUUAAAGUAAUAAAAAAUAAGCAAGAUGAAAGUAACAAUAAUAAUAUUUAUAGUGAAUUUAUGGAUUGUAAAUGGUGUUAAAAAUGAUUUUUCAACAAUUGAUAAAUUACGAAAUGAUUUAUUGGAAUUAAAAGAUGUAUCAAUUGAAAAAAAAUUUCAAGAAAGAUCUGAUAAUGAUGUUUAUGAUAAAAUAUUAAAGCUAUAUGAUAGCUAUGGUAAUAAAAUUGAUAAUGAAAUGCCAAAUAUUGGUAGAGGUCAUUUGAGUUCAUUGAGUUCAUUAUGGCUAUGGUCUAGAGCACAAAAUGAUAUGAGAAUAUUAAAUGGUUUAUACGAUUCAUUUAGACAAAAAUUACAUGAUAAUAUACAAAAAAAACAGACAUUUAAUUUACAACAGUGGAUUAUAUUUUCUGAUGUUAUAUUGAGUGACCCAAAUGUUGCUGUGCCUAAUGCACUUAAACGUAUUUCAGAUUUAAUAAUUAAAGACACUUUAUUUAUUCAUGCUUUCAAGGAAGUAUCUGCACAAAUUUGCAAUGAAAAUCAAUCACCUCAACAAGUACUUUACAAUCUUUACACGACAAUUGCACUUGCUGAAAUAAAAGGAUGUGCAAUGAUGCAAUUUUCAUAUACACUUCUUCGUUUGUAUAAAAAUGGUACAUUUGAGGAGGAAAUAAAUAAAACAUUUAGAGAUUAUGGUACAAGAACAUCUGAGACACUUGUUGCUGUUCGUACUGCCAUGGCAUUUGCUCCAUCUGAUUUAUGGAAAUGUGAUCCACAAAUUCAAGAAGAAGGAAAAACUUAUGAAGAAAUGAAAAAUUUAUUUCAAGGAUAUAUUGUCAAUGAAGUUGAUUUAAAUCGUGAACAAUCAUGCUUUAAAAGUUGUGGUUCAUAUGAAUAUUCACAAGUUCAUGGUUGUUUUGAUAAUAAAUAUUGUAAACAACAACGUAAAUGUAAUGGAAAAGUUCUUCAUUGUCAAUAUGUUGAUGCUGAUAUGUGGAUUUGUCCAUCGGAAAAAAAUAGUCACAGAAGAUAUGAGUAUAUUGAAUAUGAAAAUGGUAAACAAUUUGGUCAAAAAAAUACAUGUACAAGACCAACAAUAAAGGUGGACAGUUGGUGGCGUUGGAUAUUUUGGCAUUGUAGUUAUUGCAUGUGUUAUUGCGAUGAAGAUCAUCCAGAAAGUGAUCGUUAUUUUAAUUUACGUGAUGUUACAUCUGACAUUGCCAACAACAAAGUUGUAACUGGUGUAAAAUUGGUUAAAAAAAAUCACAUGGUUCAUCUUCAAAUACAAGAAGGCAAGCUAUUAGCACGAGGUGAAAUUGAUCAAUCAUCAGUAACCUGGAAACCAGUUGAUAAUUUCACAAUAACUGAUAACAAUGUUUUGAAAAAUCGUGAUUUCCAUUCACUAUCAUGGGAUCGUAGAGCCAUUGACUUGGAUGAUUUAGUUGGAAAAGAUGAUCAACUUCUUACUGGUGUAAGAUUUAAAUUAAUUGGAGCACAUUUAAAUUUUGAAAUUCGUGUUACACCAUUUAAUUUUACAAGUGGUUUAUUGAAUAAACCAAUGGAGAUGAGUGUUUGGAUUAGUAAUGAUAACACUGACAUGACUACUCAUACAAAUCAACUUGGUCCAAGAACUGAAUUUAAUACAAAAGAAUUGGAUGUAUCAACUAAAACAAAAGCUCCAAAUUUUCCUGAUACAAAAACAAAUCAAUUUCUUCAUUUUAAUCCAACUGAUCUUAAAAAAGAUGCUGCACAAACAACAAUACCAUUUAUUGAUAUUCAACCAGUUUAUACAGAUCCACCAUUUCCAUUAUCUGGUGCUGGUAUUUAUCACAAAGGACGUGAUGGUUUUGGUGGAUAUAUUGCACCUAAAAUAAUGACUUAUAAUUUUGCAAAACAUUUACAUGCUGAUUUACCACCACCAGUACCAAUCAUCGGUUUAAAUGACAUACCACAAUAACCAAUUAAAAUAUUUAUUCUUCCUUUUUUUUUGUUUUUAAAUUAUCAUAAAAAAUUAUCCCCUUGUUUUUUGUUUUUCAACUUCCAUGACAAUAUUAGUUGUAGCCAUUUUAACCAAAAGUAAUUUGAAGCGUGAUAAUAGCUUUAAUUAUUAAUUUUUUUAAAAUAUUUAAUCUACCUUUGAAUUCUCGUAUGUAUGAUUAAUAUUUAGCUAUUUUUCUUUAAACUAAAAAACAAUUAAAAACAAGAAUAUAUUGCUACAAUUAAAAAUAAUUAAAUUUAAAAUUUGUUGAUACAUUUUUUUAAAAAUAAUUAAUCUUCAUUAACGUACCAUAUAUUUUUUUGUUUGUCAAUUUCAUGACGUUUUUGUAUACAACAAAUGAUGUAAUAAAUAAAAUUGAAUUAUAAUUUCAAGCAACUUGUUAUUUUCAUUUUUUAAUAAUUGUAAAUUAUUUUGUUUUUCAGCAUUUUGUUAUUUAAAAUUUUAUAAUCAUUAAAUAAUACAUUGAGUCAUUUAAAUCAAUUAUAAAAUAAUAAUAAAAUUUAAUUAUUUAUGAUUAAAUAAAUUCCAGAUAUUGAUGUAAUUA